AUGCCUAGGACUGCGGUAUUCACAACGAUAACUCCGCUACCGGUGGGCAUCACCCGUAAGAGCGUGCUUGAUAUGUAUCACGAUCAUCUGGCCAUGAUUGAUCUAAACCCGCUUGUUGUCGAACGCUUCAAGUGCAAACCACCGAACUACGCGCCAACAGACGAGUACUAUUCAUCCUGGUAUACCAUUAAAGACAAAGUAUCGUACCUCCCGGGUAGACUUGCACAAAGCUCUGUCUCCUACCACGCUUGCUUUCAAGAUCUCCAGGACGGUCUCCAAACGCAUGUCUACGCCCCGCUUGGCCUCCGAAUUCGCGCCAAAUGGAGUGUGGGCGGCUCACUGCCUGGAGAGUCGAAAUGCACUCCUGAGCGUGACCCGCGGGCUCCACGAAACGGAUUGUAUAUCCGGGAAGAUGUCAAGAUGACUUGCUCUUCAUUGUUAUUGGGCUUUGUGAGAAAGACUUUCCAAGAUUCACACGGUAAACUCGUGGAGAAGUUGGUGGAACGGGCACACAUUGUGGAGUCCAACUUUGCCAACAGGAGAUUGCAAGCAUUGCGAAACAUUGAUCCAAGAGAUCGAAUGGGGCAUGGAAACAUCUUCAUCGCCCCGCCACCAGACUAUCAAGAAGAAUUUGGUUCAUGUUCUACACCGCACUCGAGGAGCCAAAGCGCCGGCCAUGUCCUCUUCCAAUCUCAAUACACACCACAAUAUACACCACACGCGAGAUGCCAAAGCGAAACCCACAUUUUUACCCCUAGCCUCUCGUACUCUUCGUCGAUCUCCGACCAAAGUACUUUGGAUAGUCCACCACAACAACACGACCGACCGAGUUCAUCUGCAUCCACUUCCGAUGAAAGGUCACUGAUCUCCCCUACUACAAAGCCAGAAGCAGAAAUGUUUCUUUUACCUGCAUCAACAUAUAACAGUAAACCUCAGCAAGAAUACGAGGAUGAUCGAUCGAUAUCGCCUAGUUACGGAAUUCAACAAGACAAGAAACCCGAUCGCAUGAUCUCAUUAUACCCUCAGACACCACACAAUCAGGAAGAAGAGCGUGGGGUAUCUCUCUACUCCAGCCGUUCUUCAUACAGUGUAGAAGAGCACCCAACGACCUUCAACUUCGCCUUCGACCAGAUGUCUGUCGCAAUGUCGACGUCAGGUCAGAGUCUACUCGCCGAGAUUGACGCCGCAAUCGACGACGUCUCUUACCAAACCUUGCCAGCGACUAGAUACGACACUACAGGGUCGAUGACAACAGUCGAGGGCCUAUUGCCCGCGACGACAUACAAUGAUAUAUUGCCUACAACAACGUAUGAACCGACCUUACCAGCGACAACACACGAUUUCAUAUUGCCGGCAACCACAUACGGAUUGACACCAUCCACCACCCAGAAGGAGCCCGACACCAUCCUGUUGCCGGCAUCGACAUAUAACCCAAAGCAGCAAUCGUCAAAGAGAAAAGACUCGGUUAUACCAAAUGAUCUGUAUGCCGACUCUCCACCCGUGCCGCCUAAGGACGAGAAGUACAGAAAAUCAUAG